ACGCUCCGGGUCGCUCGAGCAUCUGACCGGGCCUAACGGCCCUCCUAGGGGCCACUCUGGUCUCCCGUGCUCUCGCUUCGGCUUCUGGCGCCGUCAUUGUCACCCCUUGGGGAAGCCGGGGUGAGGGGCCGCGGCGGCCGGGGCUCUGCACGCGGCGUGCUGGACGCCGGGGCUCGUCCGCCGCCUCUUUCCGCGUGAAACCCGGAGCUGGCAUCGGGACCGCCAGUUUACUCCUAGCCAUCGGUGGUGACCUUGAGUCUCCUCCAGGGCACUUGGCGGAAAGCACCAAAGUACCAUUUAGGUCCAGCAGCACGGCCGGAAUGGAGGAGUUUGGGAUCUCCCCUGGCCAGCUUGUGGCAGUGUUCUGGGACAAGUCAUCUCCUGAGGAAGCCCUAAAAAAGCUGGUGGCUAGACUGCAAGAGUUAACUGGCAGCGAGGGCCAGGUAUUCAUGGAAAACGUCACCCAGCUGUUGCAGUCUGCGCAUAAGGAAUCCAGCUUCGAUGUCAUUCUGUCGGGUGUAGUCCCAGGAAGCACCUCUCUGCACAGUGCUGAGGUUCUGGCUGAGAUGGCCUGGAUCCUCCGGCCAGGGGGCUGUCUUUUUCUGAAAGAACCAGUGGAGACAGCUGAAGUUAACAAUGACAAAAUGAAGACGGCCUCUAAGCUGUGUUCAGCCCUGACUCUUUCUGGCCUCGUGGAAAUAAAAGAGUUACAGAGGGAGGCCUUAAGCCCUGAGGAGGUGCAGUCCGUGCAGGAACACCUGGGCUACCACAGUGACAGCCUGCGCUUAAUCCAUGUCACUGGCAAGAAGCCAAACUUUGAAGUGGGUUCUUCUAGCCAGCUAAAGCUUCCCAACAAGAAGUCUUCUUCAGUGAAGCCUGUUGUGGAUCCUGCUGCUGCCAAGCUCUGGACCCUCUCAGCCAAUGACAUGGAGGAUGACAGCGUGGAUCUCAUUGACUCAGACGAGCUGCUUGAUCCAGAGGAUUUGAAGAGGCCUGACCCAGCCUCCCUGAAGGCUCCUUCAUGUGGGGAAGGGAAAAAGAGGAAGGCCUGUAAGAACUGCACCUGUGGCCUCGCAGAGGAACUGGAGAGGGAGCAGUCCAAGGCGCAGAGCUCUCAGCCCAAGUCAGCCUGUGGAAAUUGCUACCUGGGUGACGCUUUCCGCUGUGCCAACUGCCCCUACCUCGGGAUGCCAGCCUUCAAGCCUGGCGAGCAGGUGCUCCUGAGCAAUAGCAAUCUCCAGGAUGCCUAGGAGGGACCUCAAGCCCACACACCUCCUCCAGCAACUCCUGUCCUCAGCUCCUCCCACGGCCUCCUCCCACCUCUGGAUUCAGUCACUCUGAAAACAUUCACAGGGAGAGGCUUGCAGCCGAGAGAAGCUGCUGUGGGCAGUGGGGUGUGGUGCUGCUAUGUCUUGAAAGACCAAGGUUUGAGGGGACCUGUCUCUUAGUGUUAGGAGAAGAGGGUGGAUGCACCCUAAGGAACUCUGCUCCUGGUGUUACAGUGCUGACCCUCUCCACCCUUGAAUAUUUAUGCUGAAUAAGCUCCAGGCUCCACUCAGUGAUGCUGCCACCUGCUGGACUUCCUCAGGAUGUAUUUCUUGGAGCCAUGGGUCAGCUGUCAAAGGGCCUCAGGGGCACCAAAGAAGUCACUACCCCAGUUGUGAUCCAUCUUGUGUCCCUCUGCCUUUCUCACCUCACCCUGUUUUACUGUAGUGUUGUAUCUGUGUCCUGUUGUCAUUUCUGUUAAAUGGUAUUAAACUUCUGUGUUUCUGUGUCUCCCUUUUACUGUGA